AUGGGUCUGCGCAGGAUAGAGCUGUGCAGGGAGGACGGCAGCAGCCUGCGCACGGUGCUCAUAGAUGAGUGCACGGGGGCGCCGCACGAGUUCCGGGGGGUCUAUCGCGGGGGCCUGCUUCGCGCGCUGCAGUCCGCUGUGCCCCCCGAUUGCAUCCGAUAUGGCUGCGCCGUGAGCAGCGUGGAUCAGGAUGACACCGUGUUGAGUGGUGAGCUGGCGUAUGGCACAGGGGUGGAUAUUACGAUGGAGAGCGGGGAGCGAAUGCGCGCGCCGGUGGUGAUUGGAGCUGAUGGCGUGCGCAGCAGGAUUGCCAAAGCGCUCGGCCUGGGGGAGGCCAACUAUGCAGGCUACAUCGCCUACAGGUGCCCCGUUGCAGAUCGCUCUGGACCCACAGCGGUUAUCACAGACCCAGAGGAGUGCAGAGCGGACGCUCUGGAGACGGUGAAGGGCUGGAGCUCUGAGAUAACAGAUGCCAUCAAGUGCACCCCUGCAGAGCGCAUCACCCGCAGCAGAAUUGCCGACAGGUGGCUAAAGCCAGGACGGCCGUUCGGCUCGGGGCGUAUUACCCUGGUGGGCGACGCGGCACACCCCAUGACGCCCAACCUAGGACAGGGCGGCUGUGUGGCGCUUGAGGAUGCAAUCGUCCUGGCGCGGGCCCUGAGGGAUGUGAUGGGCCCAGCAGCAUCGACAUCAGCGGCUGAUGUCAGCACGGCGACAUCAAUCCAGACGGCGCUGAGGGAGUAUGAGGUGGAGCGCAGCAGCCGGGUGCUGAAGAUAUCCGUGCGCUCGAAUUUGAUGGGCACCGUGCUGCAGAUACCCUUUGCCCCUGUUGUUGCAGCACGCAACUACGCUGUGGAGAAGUUUCUGCCGGUGAAGGACUUCCUGGAUCAUGCCAGCUAUGACUGCGGCACGCUCUGA